AUGGCAUUUUCUCAAACACUUACCACUCUCUUCAUCUUUUCUCUUUUAAGCUUCUCUUACGCCGCUUCAGGUCCUCCCAAACUGCCAAAACCAAAAGUAAUGCACUUUUCGAUUAGAAAAAACGAAACAACUCUCCAGUACUACGUCUCAUAUGAUUCUGGAUACCCUGAUUCACCUACCAUAAUCGAUGCAUUGAUUGAUCUUGGAGCACCAUCUGUUUGGUUUGACUGUACAAGCUAUAUCUCGUCUUCAUAUAAGCGAGCAUCAUGUGGUUCAAACAGAUGUAAGAAGGCGAAGGGGCUAUCAUGUAUAGGAUGCAACUCGACUCCUAAACCAGGAUGCUCCAACAACACCUGUGGAGUCUUCGUAUACAACCCUGCUCGAGAUUACUCAUCGGUUCAAGAACUUGGUGAAGAUACAAUGAGGGUAUAUGCCAUAGAAGGUGCGUAUGUUUGGUUUGAUUACGAGGUACCCAAAUUCCAAUUCGCUUGUGCAGAUUCUGUAACCGCAGAGCGCUUACCUGGUGACCAUACUAAAGGAUUGGUUGGCUUCGCAAGAACCGAAAUCUCAUUGCCAUCACAAAUUUCAUCUGCUUUCAAGUUAGCUAAAAAGUUUGCUCUCUGUUUACCUUCAUCAAAUGCUCUUGGAUUAGGAGAUAUAUUCAUUGGUGGAGGUCCAUAUUACAUGCUUCCUAGUAUCGAAGAUCAAUCUCUGUCACUAGUAUCCACCCCGCUUGUUGUCAAUCCAACUGGCACUCCCCGUUUUCAAUCUGACGGACAACUUUCCAACCAGUAUUUCAUCAAUCUCAAAAGCAUUGAAAUCAGCGGUAAACAUGUCGCUUUUAGUCCAGCUCUGCUAUCUUUUGAUAAAAAUGGUGUUGGGGGAACAAAGAUUAGUACUACAGUACCUUAUACGAUUUUGCACUCUUCCAUUUAUAAAAGCCUUGUUAAAGAUUUCAUCAAGGAAGCAUCAUUGAAUAAAAUCAAAAGGGUACAAUCUGUCGCACCUUUUGGGGCGUGCUUUGACUCAAAGACUGUUGCCAAUACGAUAACUGGACCAGCAGUUCCAAAUAUCGACCUGGUUUUGGAAGGGAGUACUGUACGGAUGAGAUUGUAUGGUGCAAACUCAAUGGUGGAAGCGAAGAAGAAUGUAAUAUGUCUUGCAUUUAUUGAUGGAGGAGUUCAGCCAACAACGUCUAUUGUGUUAGGUGGGCAUCAGUUAGAGAAUUAUAUUCUAGAGUUCGAUCUAACUGCAUCAAAGCUGGGACUUUCGUCGUCUCUACUGCUCCAGAACACGAGCUGUUCUCAAAGCCGGUUCGAUAUUCAAGCCAUGUGUGCUGUUUCCACCUUUCCGUGUCAACCACCGCCGCCCCAAGAGACUGAAGGGUUGUCGCCGCUGUUCCUAAUUGUUGAAGGUGAAGCCGCCGCCUAUGCUGGCGACCAGUUUGGUGUUGAUUCACUCGUGCUCCUGCCACCACCAUGA